CUAUGUGAUUGUCAUAAAAGACAGAAUAUUGAGUGAUUGCUGAUGGACCAGGCAGGCAGGCGCUUCACGGCAUAUGUCAUAGCUUGAGUGUGGCUUCAACGGGGACACACUUGAGGUAAAUCAUGUGUUGACAUUUUCAGUGCAACGGGCCCAGAAACCACAUUAGCACAAGCUAUGAUGCUAAGAUGAGAGGCCAUUCGUGGCAUUCACUAGAAGACGGGAUUCAUAUGUCUGAGUGGAGCGACGUGUAAACACCGACACGACAGUGACUUGUUUACAAAGGGCCCACACCCUCGUGUAGAAUGUGUGUGUGUGUGGGGGGGAUUUUCCCACUGAAACUGGAAUGGGGGGCGUCGCGCGCACUGGUAUUGGUCUCAACAUUUAUCUGUUUCGACCGCCGUGCACUGCAGAUAUACGCUGUGUAAUGUAAUAGGGUUUUGAACCUUUCAGGUACCGGUAGUGAAUGACGUCACAUACAGGUCUGUUGUUGUACUGACUGUUGUUGGAAUACCUGACUGAGUAAAGACGUAUUCAAAACGGAGCCUGGUGUUCAAGACUCAUCAAUGUUACAGGCUGGGUGCACAUCUGCACAUAUGCACACUGCAAAUAAUCGUCAUACCUCUUUUGUACUUUUUUUUUUUUUUACUUUUGUUGAAUAGAUGCCGCAGGUAUUGUCAAAAAACAGAUCAAUCGAAUCCGAAAGGUUAAAUUCAAAUUAUUUCCAAAGCGUUUUGUGGCAAUAGCCAAACAAAAAGAAACGUCGAAUGUUUCUUGAGGCGGAAUUAAAUAACCAAAAGUGUUCCCCUGCUACACUUCCGGAAAGAACUGCACAUGCGCGUUAUGUCAACAUGUCGGCGUCCUUCAGGACGGUGGUGCUUCUGUCAAGUUCGUUGUUGUUGUUGUUGUUCAUCGCAAACAUUAAUAUUGAUGAGGAACGUGAGGGUUAAAAGGCGCAUAUUGUUCCGAGGUUUGGCGCAGCAGUGCUGCAGAAUGUGUCUUUAGUUGCUUCCGUGUUCUGGAUGGCUCGCAGCAGCGUGGUGCGGUUCCUGGUGUCGGCCGCUCGGACCACGGCAGCAGCUGGAGGCGCCGCGUGCCUCGGCACUGGCCUCGGAUACAGGCGAACUCUUCGAACUGCUGCGCGGCUGAUGGUCGCCAAGCUGCUAUCAGCCGAGGAGCUGUUUGCCAAGAAGUCAUUCCAGGACUUCCUGUCGAACACAGAGAAGCAAUACAGGCACGCGCUGGACGCUAUUAACAGCGAUGAUCACGAGCGCGAUCUGAGGGACCAGAGGGCCCUGGUGUCCCGCCUGGCUCCGCUAAUGCAGGUGAUCCACGAGCUGCACAUCAAACACCAGGAGGUGACAGAGACAGAGGCGCUCCUGAAAGAGGAAGACCCUGCUCUGAGGGAACUGGCUGAGCUGGAAAAACAAAGCUGCUUACAAGACAUCAAGGCUCUGAGACAAACGGUGUUGACUCUGCUGGUCCCAGAGGACGAAGCGGACCAGAGCGACCUGGUGCUGGAAGUCACAGCAGGAGUUGGUGGCCAGGAAGCCAUGUUGUUCACGGCCGAGCUGUUCGACAUGUAUGAGAACUUCGCCCAACACAACGGCUGGUCCUUCGAUGUCUUGGAGCACAUGACAAGUGAGCUGGGAGGAGUUCGACAUGCCUCGGCCAGCAUCAGCGGCCCUGCCAGCUACAAGAGGAUGAAGUUCGAGGGAGGAGUCCAUCGGGUCCAGCGGAUUCCUAAGACGGAGAAGCAGGGGCGGAUCCACACCAGCACCAUGACGGUGGCUGUGCUGCCGCAGCCCACAGAGAUCUCCCUCACAAUCAACCCGAAGGACCUGAAGAUUGAGACGAAGCGGGCGAGCGGUGCCGGCGGGCAGCAUGUCAACACCACUGACAGUGCGGUCAGAGUGGUGCACCUGCCCACAGGUGUGGCAGCAGAGUGCCAGCAGGAACGCUCGCAGCUGAAGAACAAGGAGAAGGCCAUGCAGUCGCUGAGAGCCAAACUCUACAGCAUGAAGCUGGAGGAAGAAACCAGCAAGCGCUACCACCAGAGGAAGGUUCAGAUCGGCACCAGAGGCAGGUCAGAGAAGAUCCGCACCUACAACUUCCCUCAGGAUCGGAUCACUGACCACCGCAUCAGCUUGACGGUACAUGACGUCAGAAGGUUCCUGCUGGGGGAGGACCUGCUGGGCCACAUGAACUCAGCGCUGCAGGACUUCUCUGACCAGGAGGCUCUGAUGGAGCUAUUUGAGGGAGCCAGACAAGCUGACCCAUCGGGCGUUUAGAGAUCACUUUUAGGAUUGUAAGAUUGUUUUUUUGUGUACGCAUGAAUGACAAGGCCAAUAAAAACAAAAUAC